CUCAGAGGUUAGACCUAAAACAAGGGGGGAGCGUUUCGGUCUAAACCAUCUGGACCAAAAACACAAUUAAUUGCUCCGCGACGGCAGCCUACAGUGGGAUAUCGCCUCCGGAGCCUUUCCGGUCCCUUUUGGCGGCCAGACCGGAGCCGUGGUGGCCGUUUAACGACUCUCCUGCUCAUAAAGCGGCGUGCCGAGGAAGGACGCGUCUCUUUGAAUAGACAGGAUGCACGGACCGCCCUCCGGCGACAGCGCAUGCCCACUGCGCACGAUCAAGAGAGUUCAGUUCGGCAUCAUCAGCCCAGAUGAGCUUAAACGGUUGUCCGUCACAGAGGGGGGGAUCAAGUACCCCGAGACCACAGAAGGAGGACGUCCUAAACUUGGCGGCCUCAUGGACCCAAGACAAGGUGUCAUAGAUAGAACGGGAAGAUGUCAAACAUGUGCAGGCAACAUGACAGAGUGUCCAGGCCACUUUGGACACAUAGAACUGGCAAAGCCAGUUUUCCAUGUCGGCUUCGUAACAAAGAUCAUGAAGGUUCUGCGAUGCGUGUGUUUCUUUUGCUCCAAGCUAUUAGUGGAUAAUACCAACCCAAAGAUUAAAGAUAUCCUGGUAAAAUCUAAAGGGCAGCCACGAAAGCGCUUGACACAUGUGUACGAGCUGUGCAAAGGAAAAAACAUCUGUGAAGGAGGGGAGGAGAUGGACAACAAAUUUGGAAUGGAGCAACAUGAGACAGAGGAGGACAUUUCUAAGGAGAAGGGUCACGGUGGCUGUGGGCGCUACCAACCACGCAUCAGACGCUCUGGCCUGGAGCUGUUCGCUGAGUGGAAGCACGUUAAUGAAGACUCGCAGGAGAAGAAAAUCCUGCUGAAUCCGGAGCGUGUCCACGAGAUCUUCAAGCGCAUCUCUGAUGAAGAGAUCUUCAUCUUGGGGUUGGAUCCCAAGUUCGCCCGUCCUGAAUGGAUGAUUCUGACUGUGCUGCCUGUGCCUCCAUUGGCUGUGAGGCCUGCAGUCGUCAUGCAGGGAUCUGCUCGCAACCAGGACGACUUGACCCACAAGCUAGCUGACAUUGUUAAGAUCAACAACCAACUGCGAAGAAACGAGCAGAGCGGUGCAGCGGCUCACGUCAUCGCUGAGGAUGUGAAGCUGCUUCAGUUUCACGUAGCCACAAUGGUGGACAACGAGUUGCCCGGCCUGCCGAGGGCAAUGCAAAAAUCUGGCCGCCCUCUCAAAUCCCUUAAGCAACGUUUAAAGGGAAAGGAGGGGCGAGUCCGAGGUAACCUAAUGGGAAAGCGUGUGGAUUUCUCUGCUCGAACUGUCAUCACCCCCGACCCCAACUUGCAUAUCGACCAAGUGGGCGUACCGCGGUCCAUCGCAGCCAACAUGACCUUCCCGGAAAUUGUCACACCCUUUAACAUUGACAGACUUCAAGAGCUGGUGCGACGAGGAAACAGCCAGUACCCAGGAGCCAAAUACAUCAUUCGUGACAACGGAGACAGAAUUGACCUGCGCUUCCAUCCCAAACCAAGUGACCUUCAUCUGCAGAUCGGCUACAAGGUGGAAAGGCACAUGUGUGAUGGUGACAUCAUCAUCUUCAACCGACAGCCUACACUACAUAAAAUGUCCAUGAUGGGGCACAGGGUUCGGAUUCUGCCCUGGUCCACGUUUCGACUCAACCUCAGUGUCACCACCCCAUAUAAUGCUGACUUUGACGGGGAUGAGAUGAACCUCCACCUACCUCAGUCCCUCGAGACCAGGGCAGAGAUUCAGGAGCUGGCCAUGGUGCCGCGUAUGAUCGUCACACCCCAGUCCAACAGGCCCGUCAUGGGUAUCGUGCAGGACACACUCACAGCCGUGCGCAAAUUCACAAAGAGAGACGUCUUCUUAGAGCGGGGGGAAGUCAUGAACCUCCUCAUGUUCCUCUCCACCUGGGACGGGAAAAUGCCCCAACCGGCCAUCAUCAAGCCACGUCCUCUGUGGACAGGCAAGCAGAUCUUCAGUCUCAUCAUUCCAGGACACAUCAACGUCAUCCGCACGCACAGCACCCACCCCGACGAGGAGGACAGCGGCCCUUACAAACACAUCUCACCAGGAGACACCAAGGUCAUCGUGGAGAAUGGCGAGUUGAUCAUGGGCAUCCUGUGUAAGAAGUCGCUGGGGACAUCAGCCGGCUCCCUUGUCCACAUCUCCUACCUGGAGAUGGGCCACGACAUCACCAGGCUCUUCUACUCCAACAUUCAGACUGUAGUCAACAACUGGCUGCUCAUCGAGGGUCAUUCCAUUGGUAUCGGUGACUCCAUUGCUGAUGCCAAAACCUACCUUGACAUCCAGAAUACCAUCAAGAAAGCCAAACAGGAUGUGAUAGAAGUCAUCGAGAAGGCCCACAACAACGAGCUGGAGCCGACCCCUGGUAACACGCUGAGGCAGACCUUUGAGAACCAGGUCAAUCGUAUCCUCAACGACGCCCGUGACAAAACGGGAUCCUCAGCCCAGAAGUCCCUGUCUGAGUACAACAACUUCAAGUCCAUGGUGGUGGCCGGUUCUAAGGGUUCAAAGAUUAACAUCUCUCAGGUUAUCGCUGUGGUGGGGCAACAGAACGUGGAGGGUAAAAGAAUCCCCUUCGGCUUCAAACACCGCACGCUGCCUCACUUCAUUAAAGACGAUUACGGUCCUGAGAGUAGAGGCUUCGUGGAGAACUCCUACCUGGCUGGCCUGACACCAACUGAGUUCUUCUUCCACGCCAUGGGAGGCAGAGAGGGUCUGAUUGAUACAGCUGUCAAGACUGCCGAGACUGGUUACAUCCAGCGGCGUCUGAUCAAGUCCAUGGAGUCUGUGAUGGUGAAGUACGACGGCACCGUGCGUAACUCCAUCAACCAGGUGGUCCAGCUGCGCUACGGUGAGGAUGGCCUGGCAGGAGAGAAUGUCGAGUUCCAAAAUCUGGCAACUCUCAAACCCUCACACAAGGCCUUUGAAAAGAAGUUCAGAUUUGACUGCACUAAUGAGCGCGCACUGAGGCGGAUGCUGCAGGAGGACGUGGUCAAAGACGUCCUGACCAACGCCAAUGUGCAAAGUGUCCUGGAGAGAGAGUUUGAGCAAAUGAAGGAGGACCGGGAGAUCCUUCGGGCCAUUUUCCCCACAGGGGACAGCAAGGUGGUGCUACCAUGCAACCUGGCCAGAAUGAUCUGGAAUGCUCAGAAGAUCUUCCGCAUCAACGCUCGGACCCCAACAGACCUCAAUCCUCUCAGAGUGGUCGAGGGUCUUCAAGAUCUUAGCAAGAAGCUGGUGAUUGUGAACGGGGAGGACCCGCUGAGCGUGCAGGCCCAGAAGAACGCCACCCUGCUCUUCAACAUCCACCUGCGCUCCACGCUCUGCUCCAAACGCAUGACAGAGGAGUUCCGUCUUUCCACCGAGGCUUUCGACUGGCUGCUGGGAGAGAUUGAGACCAAGUUCAACCAGUCCAUUGCCCACCCAGGUGAAAUGGUCGGCGCUCUGGCUGCUCAGUCGCUGGGAGAACCAGCUACUCAGAUGACCCUGAACACUUUCCACUACGCCGGUGUGUCCGCCAAGAACGUAACACUCGGUGUGCCUCGUCUCAAGGAGUUGAUCAACAUCUCCAAGAGGCCCAAGACGCCCUCGCUCACCGUCUUCCUGCUGGGUCAGGCUGCACGUGACGCCGAGAGGGCCAAGGACAUCCUCUGUCGACUGGAGCACACCACACUCCGAAAGGUGACAGCCAACACUGCCAUCUACUACGACCCCAACCCCCAGAACACGGUGGUGGCCGAGGACCAGGAGUGGGUGAACGUCUACUAUGAAAUGCCCGACUUUGACGUGACACGCAUUUCGCCAUGGCUGCUCCGUAUCGAGCUGGACCGCAAGCACAUGACUGAUCGCAAACUAACUAUGGAGCAGAUCGCAGAGAAGAUCAAUGCAGGUUUUGGAGAUGAUCUGAACUGCAUCUUCAAUGACGACAACGCUGAGAAGCUCGUUCUGCGAAUCAGAAUCAUGAACAGCGACGAGAACAAGUUCAACGAGGAUGAGGAGGUGGUGGACAAAAUGGACGACGACGUGUUCUUGAGAUGCAUCGAGUCCAACAUGCUGACGGAUAUGACCCUACAAGGCAUUGAGCAGAUCAGCAAGGUGUACAUGCACUUGCCCCAGACUGACAACAAGAAGAAGAUCAUAAUCACCGAGGAAGGUGAGUUCAAGGCCCUGCAGGAGUGGAUCCUGGAGACGGACGGAGUGAGUCUCAUGAGAGUCCUGAGCGAGAAGGACGUGGAUCCCGUCCGAACCACCUCCAACGACAUUGUGGAGAUCUUCACGGUCUUGGGAAUUGAGGCUGUGCGAAAGGCUCUGGAGAGGGAGUUGAACCACGUCAUCUCCUUUGACGGCUCCUACGUCAACUACCGUCACUUGGCUCUGCUCUGUGACACCAUGACCAGCCGCGGUCACCUGAUGGCCAUCACGCGUCACGGCAUCAACCGUCAAGACACUGGACCGCUUAUGAAGUGUUCCUUUGAAGAGACGGUGGAUGUUUUGAUGGAGGCAUCGGCACACGGUGAAUGUGACCCCAUGAAGGGCGUGUCAGAGAACAUCAUGCUGGGCCAGCUCGCGCCGGCUGGUACCGGCUGCUUUGAUUUGCUGUUGGAUGCUGAGAAGUGCAAAUACGGGAUGGAGAUUCCCACAAAUAUGCCGGGUAUCAGCGUGGCUGGACCCACUGGAAUGUUCUUUGGCACAGCGGCGAGUCCCAUGAGUGGCAUGUCACCCGCCAUGACACCGUGGAACACCGGGGCCACACCAGCCUACGGGGCCUGGUCUCCUGGUAUUGGAAGCGGCAUGACUCCUGGUGCAGCCGGUUUCUCUCCCAGCGCAGCAUCUGACGCAAGUGGCUUCUCUCCCGGCUACUCCCCUGCCUGGUCCCCGACUCCUGGCUCCCCAGGUUCUCCAGGACCUGCCAGCCCCUACAUCCCAUCUCCAGGUGGAGCCAUGUCACCAAACUACUCGCCCACCUCACCGGCCUAUGAGCCGCGGUCCCCAGGUGGCUACACCCCACAGAGCCCAGGCUACUCCCCAACAUCCCCCUCCUACUCCCCCACCUCUCCCUCUUACUCCCCCACCAGCCCCAACUACAGCCCGACCUCUCCUUCCUACUCCCCUACUUCGCCCAGUUACUCCCCAACUUCUCCCUCCUAUUCGCCCACAUCUCCCUCCUAUUCCCCCACUUCUCCAUCUUACUCCCCCACCUCUCCAUCUUACUCCCCCACCUCCCCGUCCUACUCUCCCACCUCGCCAAGCUACAGCCCGACAUCGCCGAGUUACAGUCCGACAUCGCCCAGCUACUCUCCCACCUCGCCCUCUUACUCGCCCACUUCACCGUCAUACUCUCCCACCUCCCCCUCUUACUCUCCCACCUCCCCCUCCUACUCUCCAACCUCUCCCUCCUACUCGCCAACCAGCCCGAGCUACAGCCCCACCUCACCAAACUACACUCCCACCUCUCCCAGUUACUCCCCCACAUCCCCCUCCUACUCCCCGACGUCGCCCUCUUACUCUCCCACCUCCCCCAACUACACCCCGACCAGCCCCAACUACUCUCCCACCUCUCCCUCGUACUCGCCAACCUCUCCCUCAUACUCUCCUUCCAGUCCGCGCUUUACUCCGCAGUCACCCACCUACACACCCAGCUCGCCCUCAUACAGCCCCAGCUCGCCCUCCUACUCCCCCACCUCCCCCAAAUACACCCCGACUUCCCCCUCAUACAGCCCCAGCUCCCCAGAGUACACUCCCACCUCUCCCAAGUACUCCCCUACCUCUCCAAAGUACUCCCCAACAUCUCCGAAGUAUUCCCCUACCUCUCCCACCUACUCCCCAACGACGCCGAAAUACAGCCCCACCUCUCCUACCUACUCUCCGACCUCUCCCACCUACACCCCCACCAGCCCCAAAUACUCCCCGACCUCCCCGACUUACUCCCCGACCUCACCCAAGUAUUCACCCACGUCUCCUACGUACUCGCCAACUAGUCCUAAAGGCUCCACCUACAGCCCCACCUCCCCUGGAUACAGCCCCACCUCACCCACCUACAGCCCGGCCAUCAGCCCCGACGACAGCGACGAGGAGACCAUCUGAUGAGCCACCACGGAGGAGGACGGGCACCUGAAAACCCUGUGUCACCUCACGGAGGACACUUGAAGGACAGCGCAUUUUAACCAGCUGGAGGUGGCAGUGUUUUAAGCCACAGGGGUACCAACUGCUGCCCCCCAAAAAUCUAAAAAUAAAACUAUGAUGUGAAAGACUUGAACUGCUUUGCCUGAAGGAAAGAAAAGGCUGCCUUUUGAAAUAGUUUUUUAAUUUUCACUUUGGAUGUUGAAGCGAAAACCGCAGAUCCCAAGAGGGAAUGAAAAGGAGAGGGAGGAUGUGGUGAACACAUGAGAGGGAAGAACAUGUCCCUUUUUAACUUUCUAGUGUAUUACAUCCGGUCUCUCUCAUUCUCUAAAUGUUGGGUGUGUAGUCGUUCCUGGAAAGCAUACACUUUGCCAAAAGCCUUUUUUUGAAAAGCUGAGUGGAUUGUAUUCAUCACUAAAGCAUACGCUCUAAAGAAAAUCGAGGAGGUAAGGUUUAGACUUUGUUUACUGCAUUUUUCACCGAGGUGUAUCUUGUUAGGCCUUUUGAUGGAGUUGUAGGGGUUUGAUUGGUCGGAUUGUCUGCAGGAGAGUUGGAUGAUGUAUAAUAUAUAUUUAUAUUAUAUACAUUAUAGGAAAGAGAUACUGGCUUGGAAGGAAAUUUGACUCUGAACAUCGUUAACUACAUAGGUGCGUGUACCCAUCGCCCUCCCAUCUUCCUCCUUCACACCCCAAAGACAAAACCUCAAAGAUGUCAUGAAAGCAGCCACCAGCAUCCUCUUGUCCUCGACCAUUUUGCAGACUUGUGCAUCAAAAGAAAAAAGAAGAAAAAAAAAUGUAAAACUAAAAAAACUUUUCCAGAUACUACUCUUCCCAUGACACGGGGACUUUAAAGAUUUAUAUGGAAGAAAAUAAUCGUGAGAACUAUUAUUCUGUCUUCAAUUUUGAUUCUCGGAUGAACUGGGGCGCACACGGACGAGGGAAACCAGUUUGGCGUUGCUGCUUCUGUCAUUGUUUUGCAUGAGUAGCACAUGUUAAUGCGUUUUUAUCAAACUUUAGGUUGAAAUUUGUCUUUUUUGAAUCCCUCCCACUACUUUGCUAAUCUUCGUCCCAUUUCUAAUAGUUGACGUGUACCCAGGUUUAUUUGAACUAUUCAGUUUAUUUAAGAAAAGGUUAACUGCUACUCUGUGUGAAUAUGAAUAGAGAAAAAUUAAGGAUUUCAAUUUGUUAUUAUUAUUUUUUUUUUUGGGGGGGGGGGGGUUCUCUUGUUUGCUUUUGGUGACUUUGUGAACCUUGUAUGCAGGAGGCUCGUGUUCAUUUACUGUGGAUGAAGGGGCAGGGGACGGAGGGGAGUGUUCUUUUGUUUUUGUUUCCACCUCCCUCUGCUCUCCCCCGAUCGUCCGGCCAUCAUAGCGGCGUCUCUUUUCACGAACAGUCGUACGACAUGUCGCAUUUUGCCGCCUCGUUGUGGCAUCGCUUCGGUCACACAUACAAAAAAAAAAGUCGUGAAAUUUGUCUUCGGAACAGAGUGAAUCAGUUUAUUUUUCUUUUAAGCGGAGAUCGUCCAAAGAAACCAUUCCUUUUGGGCCUCUCUUAAAAAAUAAACCUUACCCACUACAUUAGUGUGACCUUUCUUUUGAAUAUGGGUGCUUUCUCACAUGACUCGACCCAGUCUGAUCUGUAUGCUUGAUGACAAUGGAACCAUUCCCCCCCCACUCCUGUCUUUCCCCUCCUCGUUCCAAUUUGAUCAUUCGUUGCGGUUUAUGAUUUAUUAUUUUUGGAUAAGCCGGGUCGCCUCCCUCUUCAUCCACAAGUCAUCCUAAAUUCUGAAAUCAGUGUUUCGUUUUUUUCUUCCAGUGUACGUACCAGUGACGUGGGGGAGGGUGGGGGAAUGUAUCUUAUCCUACUGGGAGUCCCGAGGAAGUAAAAAAAAAAAAAGAAAAUACAACCAGUGAUUAUUUUUGCGUUCUGUUUUUGAAAGUGUUUCGUCAAUUUUGUGACACGUUGCUUCCGAUUGGGUCGUCAUGAAUUGAUAGGGAUGCAUCCUCUGGCCUUUGAGAUGGAGCAGGGUUGGUUGGUCGCUGCACUGCGUUCAUACUGUGGUGGAGCUCGUUUCCUUUUAAGCCACUUGUCACGUUUUGUCCACUAUGCUUGCAUCCAAUCCUGUCGUCUUAACCGUGUUGCCGUCCGGUCAAUUCAGGGCGCUGGGACUCCCAGGGUGAAUGAAUGAUUGAAAGUGUGUAUGUGUGUGCGGUUAGCGCGUGUCCAGAGGUGAGACAGGGUUUCAAGCCGGGGGAAGGACGCCACGUCUGGGCAAAGGAAGGUUUAACUUAAAAUUGCCACUGUAUAGAAAUCGAUUCAUUAUCUCAUUUCUCUGUAUCUUUGUUCUGUUUGUUUUUUGACUUGGAAAAAGAAUAAAAGUUUUACUACA